AAAAUUAGAAGCACAUAACAAACGCGACCGGGAAAAGAAGUAUCCUCCUCUGCGCCCGUUACUCCGCCUCCGCUCCUCGUCGCCGCGCGGCGCGGCGACGUCGUCCUCGGCUAGGGUUCGCGAGGGCUCGCUCGGCGCCUUCUCGUUGUUGCCGCCUCGGCCGCCGAUGUCGCUCCGAUCCGGCGGCCGACAGCUCUCCUUCGGGCUCCUCGCCGGCGACCUCUCCGCCGACGACGCGGAUGACCUCUCCCCUCGCUCCCUCCCCGACACCACGACCGAUGGCCAGCGCCGCCGCAGGCGGCGCUCCAAGCUUAAGCGUGGGUUCCGGGGCCCCCCGAUCGAGGAGGUGGCCGCGGAGGGGGAGCCACGCGAGGGCGGCGUCGACGCGGACGCGGCGUUCAGGGUCACGGAUCUGAGAUCGGCGGUGGAGACGGUGUGCGAGAGCUCGGACGCCGACAGGUCUGCGGCGAGCUGCGUGACGUACGUCGGUUUGGAGCUGAGGCAGAGGAGCGUGUCCGGGAGCGGGAGGCUGUUGGCAGCGUCUGCGGAGGAUGGAACCAGCAGCUGCGGCAGCAGCACGCGGGAGACUGCCGCGGCUGCCGCGGCGGUGGCAGAUGCGGCGGCCGCGGCGUGGCGGCCUGAGGCGAAUGGGGGCGUGAAGAAGAAGCUGGAGAAGGAGGAGUCGCUAGACUGGGAAAAGUUCAUGAAGGAUAACAGCAACAUUCUCGGAGAAGUCGAACACCUUGACAACUCACCAUUCAGAUACUUCCUUGGAGAACUCUAUGGUGGCAAUUCACUUAGAAGCACAAUUGCAGUGGGUAAUGAGAAGAAGCGGCAGCGGGUGUACAACACUAUGUUUCAUGUCCCUUGGAGAUGUGAGCGGCUAAUUCUCACAGGAUUCUUUGUCUGCUUGGAUUCCUUUCUGUCUUUGCUUACAAUUAUGCCUGCACGGAUCGUCAUUACUGUCUGGCGGGUGCUGAAAAUGAGGCAAUUUCUGCGGCCAAAUGCUGCUGAUUUAUCAGAUUACGGAUGCUUUGUAGUUCUAGCCCUAGGAGUUGCUUCCUUGCAAAUGAUAGAUAUUAGCUUGAUUUACCAUGUCAUUCGUGGUCAGGGCACAAUCAAACUGUAUGUAGUAUACAAUGUUCUAGAGAUCUUUGACAAACUCUGUCAAUCAUUUGGUGAGGAUGUAUUGCAAGUUUUGUUCAACUCAGCUGAGGGACUAUCAACAUGUUCAACAGAUAAUGUGACAUUUGAACUGAUGCGAUUCCUUUUGGAUGAGGUGAUUGCUGUUGUAGCAUUUGUUGUCCAUUCAUUUGUCCUGUUAGCUCAGGCUAUCACCUUGUCAACAUGUAUUAUUGCUCACAACAAUGCAUUAUUUGCUCUGUUGGUAUCCAACAAUUUUGCUGAGAUCAAAAGCAAUGUGUUUAAGCGUGUUAGCAAAGAGAACCUUCACAAUUUGGUAUACUAUGACAUCAUUGAGAGAUUUCACAUAACAGCCUUUCUGCUGUUUGUACUUGCUCAAAAUAUCUUGGAAGCAGAGGGGCCAUGGUUUGACAGUUUUCUUAUUAAUGCAUCAUUGGUGUUUUUUUGUGAAGUACUUAUUGAUGCCAUCAAGCAUUCGUUCCUUGCAAAAUUUAAUGAGAUAAAGCCAGUUGCUUAUUCAGAGUUUUUGGAAGACCUUUGCAAGCAGAUUUUGAAUGACAAACCUGAUGACCGUGAGAAGGACCUGACGUUCAUCCCCCUUGCCCCCGCUUGUGUGGUAAUUCGUGUGUUGACUCCAGUGUAUGCUACCCUCCUUCCUGCUGGUCCAUUCAUCUGGAGAAUAUUCUGGAUUCUGCUUUGGUCAGUUCUGACCUAUUUUAUGCUCGCCGUAUUCAAGAUACUCGUGGGGUUGAUACUGCGCUGCCUUGCAAAUUGGUAUGUAAAUCUACGGCUCAAAAGAAAGCAACAUGUGGACUGAGUACUUGCCACCAAAAUUCUGGUGCUAAGACUACAUCUUCGAGAAGACAUUUGCUGCGGUGCAUGAAGUACAGCAAGCACUGCAGCUGCUGGAGUUAAGUCAUACAUGCCCAUAUAUGACAGAAUUCCUGAUAGAAUAGUACAGCACAGAUGAAUAUCACAGUAUCAUCUUCUUCCAAGGUUUUCGCCGAUUCAAGGAACUGGUUGUAGUCCAAUUUUGCGGUGCUUACAGGUUUUUCCUGACCUCUUUUUGUGCAUAGUCCAUAGCUUCAUCCUAAAAUUAUCUGCUGCCGCAUAGUGAAGAUGUUUGCAGUCUUGUGGAUCAAGUAAGACAUGUUUGUACAUUUUUUCUAAAAAAGAAAAGACAGUAGUUUCGCGCUGCUGCAGCUCAGCUCGCUAA